AUGUGUGCCUUUGGCCUGGAAGCUCGCGAAGAGCGCAUCGCUGCGGCAGAAGGCGGAUCGGACCCUGCGUGGAAGGCGCUGCGUGUGGCACCCGCUCUCCGCCGCAUGCAGCCCAGCUGGAGAUCCGAGUAUAUGGCACGCUCCUCUCUCCUCCGCCGUUGGCGCAAGUCGCGCAUGCCGACUGUCCUGACCGACCCUCGCAUAGGUGGCGUGGAUGCCAUUGCCCUCUCCUCCAGCCGCAAGUUUGUCUUGUCUCUGUCCUAUGGCUUUAGCAUCGCGUCGCGUUCGAACGCACUGACCGGAAAGGUGGCCAAGGACUUUUUGGAUGCCCACGGUUUCGCUUCGCACCGCGCCAACGGCCAGCCAGACUUGGAGUUUAGCCCGGCCGCCACAGCCAUGGCGACUGAUGCGUAUGCCUCGCGCAUUGUCUGGGGUCUCCGCUCUGGCGACAUUGGUCUGACAACGAUCGACUGGCGCGGUCAGAGUGCGCGUGGCACCGUGCAGAACCGGUCAAUGCCAGCAGGCGCGGCGCACCGUGCACCAGUCUCGGCGAUUGGCCUGCCCUGUCCCCUAGGGCGCGGCGGUGCACACUCAGACGAGCGCCACCGCCAGCAGCUCUCAUAUCUGGGCGAGCUCAGCGCCAUGUUUGCGACAGCCUCGGCGGAUGGCACCGUGCUGCUCUGGCACCCCAAACACCUUGCGCCGCUGUGUACGCUUUCUGCACGGAUCAGCGAUCCUAACCAUCCAUGCCCGCCCCAAGCGCACCGCAUCACACACAUCGAGUUUGAUCCCGUCGGAGGUGUUCUUGCCGCCGCGCGUGAGGAUGGUACGAUUGUCGUAUGGACGCAUUUCCCGGGCAGUGCGCUCAUGCCCCCCCGUCGCGCUGAGCAUAUGCCUGCCUCGAACGAUCCAGCGCCCUGGAUGCGGCAUGUACUUGCUGCGCCGCAUCCAGGCCAGGUCGCUCAUAUGGUCCUCGAUGCACUGGAUGCACGCCAGGGCCGUAUUGCUCUCCUUGUCCAUUAUACCGGCGCCUGUGUAUUUUGGCGGCACGAUGUGAAUGACCAGGGCGCUACGCUCUCCGCCGUGUAUGGUGCCCCCCAGGUCUCGCCAAUCACGAGCCUGCGGUGCGACUUCGACGUACGGAGCAAGCCACUCGCUCUCCCUGAGCCUAUGCGUGCGCGACUCCGAGCGGCCCGCUUGCAAGAACGCAAGUUUGUGUGUGCAGGCACGGCAUCUGGUGGCAUCGGCGUGUGGGAAUGGGAUGCACCAGGCGAGGCGUUCGAUCCUGAGGCCCAGCGUACGUGGCAGCCGGAGCCGGCACUUGUUUCGCCGGAACGCCAGGUGCGUCCGGCGCAUGUAUACGAUGGCCAUCACAAUGCCGUGACGGCCUUGGCAUGCACGCCCUCGCUGAUUCUUGCGGGGUGUGAGGACGGCACGAUCAAGGCGCUCGAUGUGCUCUCCGGUACGCUCGUUCGUGUUUUUAACGAGCGUGCCGCCAAGAGGCAUCCGGCACGGAUGCUCGCAGCUGGUGAGUUGACGCCAGAGGAAGCUGCGCGGUUCCGUGUAACACAGAUUGUGGCUGCUGAUGACAUGUUUGUGGCGGCCAUUGGUCUGCAUGUCCUGUCGUGGAAGACCCACAAGGACGACUCGUCGCUGGCCGCUGCGGCGCCGGGGUCGUCGGAGGCACGCGCCGCGCCGCGCCGCGCCAAAGCUAUGCUUCAGGAGCGAGGCCGCCAGCGAGCCGAUCUGCACCAGGCCGUCGAGGAGGGCCGGCAGCAGGUGCGCAGUGAGCGUAUGGAGCUCCAUGCGUCACAGGCGAAGCGGCACGCGCUGGAGUCGAGUAUUCACGGCACCUUGGAUGAGGACGAUGCGCUCAACUAUGCACUUAUGUUGAGUCGCGAACAGGCGCAAGUCGAUGAGGAGCUCUCGGCGGAGCUUAUGUACGAUCUCGACCUCGAUGUGAACGAUGGUGAUAGCGAUGCCUGUCUGUCCCGCGGCAUGCGCGGCACGCGCGCAGCACGUCUCCGUCGCUAG